AUGUCUGCCGAUGUGCAAUCAGUCGCCCCUGUCCCUGAGGGGUUGACCCAAACCCUUUCAAUCCGGACGAGCCCACAGGAGAAUGGCACUGGGAAUGCACAGGAUGAAUCGGGGGAGUUCGAUAUCGUCCGCACCUACCGACAAAUCCUCGCCUCUGACCCGGACAUCACGAUGCCCGUGGCGACGAUCGAAGCUCUGAUCGAGCGCCUGCGCGUAACCCCCUCCUCGACAGCCAUGGAAACCGUCGAGAUCGUUAAAAAGGAAAAGGCCAAGCUCCUCGCCUCCGUGCCCAACCCUCUCCCCUUACUAGCCGGCGCCGACCUAUUCGAGCAGUUCCUGCUGCGCUCGCUUAGAGGGCCGCCCGCAACAGGAAAUUCCUCUGGCGGGAGCCUGUCCAACAGUACCAGCAAUGCCGACCGCAUCAUGUCCUUCGAGGAGACCCGCCAGCACUUGCUCAAGAACAAGCAGCUGUUCGCGCAGCGCGCCAAGGCAGCGCGGCGAUAA